AUGCCACCUCUCUGCUACAAACGAUCGAUCGCCCUGUUUCACCUGAAGACUCUAUACUUGGGGUUUCCGAAGCCUUCCUUGAAUGCGAGGUUUCUAUCGAUUGCAAUCAAUCAAGCCAAGCCACCGACAGGGAAACUGUUUCGCUCAGCUGAUGAGGCCAUAGCUGACAUCAAAAGUGACUCGUUGAUUGCUUCUUCUGGAUUCGGUCUAUGUGGUACCCCGGAUACUCUGAUCCAAGCCGUGGCUCGGCGGCCUGAAAUCAAGAACCUGACCCUCAUUUCUAAUAACGCUGGGGUCGAUAAAUCAGGAUUGGGCCUCAUACUUCAUUCACGCCAAGUCUCCAAACUGAUUGGUAGUUAUAUAGGAGCUAACAAGCUUCUUGAAAAUCUUUACUUGACGGGCCAAAUCUCGUUAGAAUUAACCCCUCAAGGUACCUUGGCAGAAAAAUGCAGAGCAGGGGCUGCCGGCAUACCCGCCUUUUAUACCCCGACAGGCUAUGGAACGCCAGUCCAGACCGGAUUGAUCCCAAUCAGAUACAAUGCCCAAGAUCCGUCAAAGGUAGAUAUUCCCGGGGAGAAACGAGAGGUGCGCGAAUUUGAAGGAAAGCAGUAUUUACUGGAACGGGCGAUCAAAGCGGAUUAUGCGUUUGUACACGUUUGGAAAGCCGACAGAUUUGGGAAUUGUGUUUUCCGUUAUUCGGCACAAAACUUUGGUGGCGUGAUGGCCCGAAACGCUAAGGUGACCAUAGUUGAAGCAGAGGAGAUUGUCGAACCUGGUGAAAUCGAUCCUGAUCAGGUCCAUUUACCUGGCAUCUUUGUCAAUCGAAUUGUACCGGCUACUGUUAAGAAACAGAUUGAAAAGAUCGUCAUCAGAUCCGGAACUCAAGACCACUCCCCUCCUGGUUCUUCAAACAAGAGCGAAUCUAGCAUGAAGAGUGAUGAUCCCAAAUUCGCUGCGAAACUUAAACGUGAAUUGAUUGCCGGUCGAGCAGCUCAAGAAUUGAAGGACGGGAUGUAUGUCAAUCUAGGGAUUGGAAUGCCAAUGCUAGUUCCUGAAUUUUUGAAGCCGGGAACAAAUGUUCACCUGCAGAGUGAGAAUGGAAUCAUUGGGAUGGGGCCAUACCCAACGGCUGAGGAAGUCGAUGGUGAUAUAGUCAACGCUGGAAAAGAAACAGUGACCCUCCUACCGGGAGCCUCAACAUUUGACUCAAGUGAAUCAUUCGCGAUGAUCAGGGGAGGACACGUGGAUGUGUCGAUUUUAGGGGCGAUGCAGGUUUCAAGAUCUGGUGACCUGGCCAACUUCAUGAUUCCGGGCAAGAGUGUCAAGGGCAUGGGCGGGGCGAUGGAUCUGGUUUCGAAUCCAGAAUCGACAAAGGUCAUGAUCGUCAUGGAUCACUGCGACAAACAUGGCGUUAGUAAACUCGUGAAUGAUUGCCAAUUACCUCUCACUGGGACUCGUUGCGUCAGUCAAGUGAUCACAGACUUGGCUGUAUUCGACAUCGAUCGAAAUGCUGGCAAAAUGACUUUGGUAGACUUACAACCUGGUGUAACACUACAAGAAGUCAAAGACAAAACUGAAGCCGACUUUGAAAUUGGCGGUAACCUGAACUGA